AUUGAAAAACAAAAUAAAUAAAAAGAAAGAAAGAGGGCAAAGAAGGAGCAAAGCUAUCUGUUUUUGCUUCAAUUGGCAUUUGCAAAACGACACCGUUUGAGUUCUCACACAAAACGCUCGUUUUGGCAUUCUUCGUACAGCAUUCUUUUCUCCCGGACAAAAGCUUAGCGCUGUGUAACUCCUCUGCCAUUGGUUGCCGUCUACUGGUGGUUCCGUUGAGUCGGUGAGUCGGUGACGCCGUCUCCAAUUAAAUAAAGUCAGAAGCCCUUAUUUAACCUAGCUGUUUGUGUUUAAUUAAUUUGGCACGUUCUGCUUAAAAAUUCCGAUUGCCUUUGAGAUUGGACAAAGAUUGGAUUUCCUGAUUGCUGUGAAGUGGCCAUAAAAAAAAGGAAGAAUUACCCCUCAAAACCCUAAUUCGGCAACUCAGCUGCAAUAACCCAAGUAACGGUGAUUGAAUUCGCCCCCUUGCUUUGGUUGCUUGUGCCUAUAUGGCGUAUUUGGAUGGAAAUGCAGAACCUGGUGAAGUUUGCAACUUCUUCCGGAAGCCAUUGAAGAAGCAAAACAUUAGAAAGCGAAGGGUUGAUGAAGAUGAGGAGGAGGAGGACUCAAAAUCGGGGGGUACAUCAUUACCAAGUCAAAGAAAAGCCUCAAAGCUUGAUGGCAAGCUGUAUUUUUCUAGUGGACUCUCUAAGAGCUCUACGCCUGAUAGCAGUGCAAUCUUCGAGUUCAAGUCUUCAAAAGAAAUCCAAGUUGAACAUGAUAGUAAAGCAACUGCGACUUUGGAGACUGAGACUGAGUUCUCUAGAGAUGCCCGAGCAGUUCGUGAGAGAGUUCUUAAGCUGGCGGAGGAGGAUUUGAAGGGGAAGAGCAAAGGUUCUGGGGAUGAAAAGUUGUAUAAAGGGAUCCACGGAUAUACUGAUUACAAGGCUGGGUUCCGAAGAGAGCUAACAGUGGCCAGUGAGAAAGCGGGAGGUUCCCAUGGGCCUCUCAGGGCUUCUGCUCACAUCAGAGCUACCACAAGAUUUGAUUAUCAGCCAGACAUAUGUAAGGAUUACAAAGAGACUGGCUACUGUGGGUAUGGAGAUUCAUGCAAGUUUAUGCAUGAUCGUGGAGACUACAAGUCUGGGUGGCAGAUGGAAAGGGAGUGGGACGAAGCAGAGAAAAUAAGGAAGAGAAAUUUAGCGUUGGGUGAGGAUGAUGUGGACCAGACAGAGGAAGAUGAUGUUGAUGAUGAUGAGGAUGGCUCAUUGCCAUUUGCAUGUUUCAUCUGCCGGCAACCAUUUGUUGAUCCUGUUGUGACUAAAUGCAACCACUACUUCUGUGAGCACUGUGCACUAAAGCAUCAUUCAAAGAACAAGAAGUGCUUUGUGUGCGACAAGCCUACUCUUGGCAUAUUCAAUACGGCUCAUGAGAUACGCAGAAGGAUGGCUGCAGAGGGCAAGUAACUUCCACUACAUUCACUUAUUGAACUCUUUGCUUUCAAGGCAUGUGAGCAGGAAAAUUUCCCCACUCCCUGGCCAAGUUUUGAAGAGAAAGUGUGAACAGAGGGAGAGGAUGGUGAUAGUGAUUGAUAGUAUGCAGUUUGGUAUACGAUAAGGAAGGUAUACCUUUACUAUGACAUACUUUAUGGGUAUAUAAUACACCACAUUUUGAUACCCUUUUGGAGCUGGAAGGCUUGGCUAAUAGAGAAAACAAUGUCGUUUAGGUAGGAACUGCAAUUGUCAAAGUUUGGAGGUAAAUUUUUUGGGCAUGGGUCCUUUUGUCUGAAGCCUGCAAUUGAAUUUGGGAACAUAUGCAGUGUGAGAAUUAAAUUUAGAGUAGUGGGAAUGUUUGUAGGGCCUUUUGAAGAUUGCUUAAAAGGGUUGAUCCUUGAGUGUUUCCAAGCUUGAAUGGGGAAAAGAAAAUUUCCUUUUUCAUGUUUUGUGAAGAGAUGGAAUUUUGGCUACAAGCUGGGUGAUUGCAGAAUUUCCUACAAAUCUCCCAAUAUGCGUG